AUGCAGUGGAGAGCGGCCACAAAGCGCGUCCCGCAAGCUGACGCGGCUCAGUUCACCCACAGACACCUCCCGCGAUGGUCAACUACAAGAGGGUCGUCUGCGAAGUGGCCGUGCUUUCGGCGCUCCUAGUGCUGGCCGCCGCCGCACCCGCGCCUGACUGUGAGAAACAAGCCGAUAAACAUUACGAUCAAAGGCAAAACGGCACGGAGAAUUAUCGUCUUAACAUCGAUGGAGUUGUCAUAGCAAUCGCGCCCGCAGAGUCACUUCUUGCCGCCGCGUCCGAUUUAGAUAUAAGCGAUCUUCUUGAUAUCGAAGAUUUCAACGAAAUUCACAAACCUCAGUCGCCUCUGUACAGCCCUCCGAGCCCUAAGCCUGGUGAAAAUAAGCCACAAGCUAGCAAACCGGAGGAGUCCACACCAGAGGCACCGCUCAGUGAUGUUUCCCUUAACUCCGAUGUGAAGGGUGAGAAGAAAGAUGGGAGCUUACGCAAGAAAGAAAAAAAUCAAAGAUUGAAAUAUCGACUAGCGAACAUGCUGUUGCCCUUACUACGAAGGAAUCGCCAUCACUAGAAGGAAAAAUAUUUGAUACUUGUCUAACAUGUAGCCAUGGAUCGCGUGAUAUGAUUAAUGCAUUUAUUAGUUUUAAGUGAUUGAAUUAGUUUUAGGUGUGUACUUGUACAUGAACUGUUUUGUUAAAAAUAAAUGUGAAUUCUUAUUGAAAAAUCCCAA